AUGGGCAAUACCACCGAGACCACCACCGGCAACGGCAGCAGCAGCAGCAGACACGUCGUCAACGUCGGCGUCCUCAUCCCGACCGAGUGCCAGGUCCUCGACGCGGCCUGCGUCGACGUGAUCGGCAGCAUGUCGCACGAGUACUUCUCGCGCAUCCCGCAGCUCGUGCCCCAGGCCGUCAUCGACGUAGCACCCUCGGUGCGCAUCCACUACAUCGGCGGCGUGGCCGCGGGCCAGCCUAUUUCAAUGACGGCCAACCAGCACAUCGUGGCCACGGACCACUUCGCCGACGCCGCCGUCGCCCCGGGGAAGCUGGAUGUUGUCAUCGUGCCGGGCCCGGACCCCUUUGGCGACGCGUUCCCGGCGGACGCGGUGGAGUGGCUGAGACGGCAGGGCGAGGUGGAGGGCGUGGAUGUGCUGAGUGUGUGCACGGGGAUCUUCCUCUGCGGCGAGGCUGGACUGCUGAGGGGGAGGACGGUGUGUGGAACGCGUGGAUUUGGGGAUGUUAUUCGGGGCAGGGGCUUUGGAGAGAAGGAGCUCGUGGGGAAUAAGGUGAGGUGGAUGCAGGAUGGGAACUUUUGGUCGAGUGGCGGCGUGACCAAUGGCAACGACCUCGUGGCGGCCUACUGCCGCGCGUCGCCCAAGCACUUCCCCAGACCCCUCGUCGAGAUCGCGUGCGAGAUGCUUGAUGUGGGUGACCGCGACCGCGAGUACAGCAAAGAUCUUAUGCAACCGAAGGACAUCGAGGCCAUGAUGAUGGCUGUUGUUGCUUAG